AACAAUAGUGUUAGUGUCGUGAUCGCAAAGGGGACUAAUUCUGGUCGAAAAAAGGAAUAAACCAUUACCGAACUGUGCAGGCAGGAUGCUUAUUGUUAAGCACUAUGAAGAGAUUGAAUAAUAAAAACAAAAACAAUAACAUUGUGAACAAAUAAGCUCGUGCAGUGUAAAUUUCAAUUACUUUUUUGCUUCGCAAGUAAAAUUGUUGAACUAACGUACUAAAAAAAAAUCAUAAAUUUUAGCAUUUUUUCAUAUGGGUUCUCUGUCACCCGCAGGUGUGCAUCCAGUGUAUUGUUUGUACUAUUUUGUAACUUUUCUUUUGUACACAGAUGUCCUUCGGAAGAAUUGAACGAACUUGAAUCGCCAUAGUGGAGUGACAUGGAUGGUUGUAAGUUUAUAGAGACUUUGAAUAAGCAGCGACAUCGUGAGGUAAGUCGUUCUCAUAUCUAUUACAUAUUCCCCAAUAUGGAAAAAAAUCAUUGUGAAACAGUAACAUUUUCUGACCGUCCGACCGUCGUCAGACCUAAAGUGCAACAGAAUCGUGAAGCAGAAAUGAAGAUCGAGACUAAAAUAGUUUCUUCGUCCCACCUGGGGAUAGAAACAAUCUGCCAAAUAGGGACAGAGUUCCUGGAGAACAUGGGUUUUGUUUUUGAGGGAGUAUCAAUUGUGGCCAGUAAGUAGCAAGCAAUCUACUAACGGCAGCAUGCGUCGAACUUUUUGAGGCAAAUCUAGAGAAGAUCUAAUCCAAUCCAAUCCGGACGCUAAAACGUAGAGACAAUUAAUCACAAAGUCCAUGAAAUUUCUUAUAACGCCGGUAAAGCUUGCAGUUUACAAUAGACUUACGGUGAUAAUGAUGGACAUUAUUAAUAUGUUUACUGAGAUUCUUUAUUUACCUGUCUGUCCAUUUGUCAUGUUCCCGAUCAAUGCUUUGGGUUAGCUUCAAGACGAUUCAGGAAUCCUCCAUCCCCUAGAAUACACUGGAACGCAAGGACAGCACACACUGGUUAACAUGCCUAGAAUUUUUGUAUAUACUUAGUGCAAAGUAUAGAUGCGAAGUGGAACUUGAAGAAUGAUACAAAAUCGCAGCAAGCGUAGCAAACGAACUGCACGCAUUCGUUGACGUGCUUGUUUGCUUUUCAGCAAGCAGCACUUGUUCGAACAAAACAACUUCCCGCCAAAAGUUGAAUUCGAACAAAACGGGCGGUCUUACCGAAGUGUCAAAAUCGAAUUUGACGUGCAAAUUUAUUUCAUGUUCCGUAGUAGCCUUUGUGUGAUUGCAAAGUUUGCACAAUGUCGUUGCUGCAUCGCGAUAUAGCUGUUGUUCAGUGAACUUCCUGCCGUUCUGUGUCUUAUUACAUCAACGAAACACGAAUAACAACCAACCUACAUAGAGCAAACAACAUCAAUUGCAGUUUUCAGCCUAAAACACGGAAUACCUUCUAGUAUGGAUUCCAUCUGCAGUGAAGCAGAACACGACCCUGUUCCAUACUGCGAUUGUAUAUCGAUUUGUGAUCCGUCGAACGACAAUUUACGAUCACUAGUAACCUCAUACCAAGUCAGCUGUCCCGAUAUAAUCUCGCAGCUGACCAGUGUGAGUUAUGUAAUGCUGUUGAAUAGCAAAGCGACCACGGUUGGUCGAACAAUAGAUAAGGUGAUGUCGCAGAAAUUUCCUGCUGGUACCAAUAGGCGCAUUUCGCGCAAACACUUUACCAUCACGUUUGGUUCUGAUGGAAAUUUCAUGCUGCUGUGCCUGAGCAAAAAUGGUAUUUUUAUUGAUGAAAAGUUUUGUAGCAAACAAGAACAACCGUAUAUACUACCUCAACACUGUAUCAUACGCUUUCCCAGUACAACGGAUGUAAUCCAUUUUAAAAGUUUAAUUGCCGAAACGACCAUCUUAACAUCUGCUGCAAAUAAGGAUGCCAUUUGCAACUCUCCUUCCAACAUUAACCCUCAGCUGGUACCAUUGUCAUCGGAAGAAGAUACGGCGACGCAUACGAGCAGUGCGCAGAGACCACCUUACAGUUAUUCCCAGCUAAUCAUACAAGCCAUCAGCGCAUCUCCACAGAAGAGGUUGCCGCUCUGCAAAAUCUACUCAUUUAUUAUGGAAAAGUAUCCAUACUAUCGCGAAUUUGGUAUCAAAUCCUGGCAAAACUCUAUCCGGCACAACUUGAGCAUGAAGUCAUACUUCUUGAAGACACCUCAAGAAGAACCGAAAAUUGGCCAUUUGUGGAUGUUAAGCCCAUCUUGUGAAGAACGGCUUGUUGCUAAAAGAUUCCUGGAGCGACGAAUUAGUUCACAUAGCAAGAAUAUAUAAUCUGCAGGUAUAUUGUAACAUUUAACCAAUUUUCGUAAAAUGCUUUUCUUGACGCAACUUCCCAUAAUUUGAUUGUAAUAAAGUAAAGCAACAUAAUUCAUUAA